AUGGAGUCCAGCCCAGAUUCAGCAGCCUUGGCCCAGCAAGUUCAAGCCCUUGCAGCCACCAUUGAAGAACUCACCAAACAAAACCAGGAAAUGAAGCUGCGGCUCCAGCAGGUUCAACAAGCUCAACAGGAAGAAAACCGGUCCAAGGGUAACAUGGAGGAAGAAGGGGAUAGUCAACGGAGGGAAACCCCCCGAAGACCAACUACUCCGGACGAACAGAACUCAGAUCUUCUUCGAGAAAUGAGGAAAGAGAUGGACGAACUAAGGAGCGCUAUCAAAGAGAAGACGGACCAGAGCGUAGACAAAAUGAUAAGGGCUACGGAUUCGCCUUUCACUGCAGCGGUACUUGAAUGCCCCGUGCCGUCAAAGUUUCGCUUGCCUCAAUUAGAGUCAUUCGACGGACUCAAGGACCCUCAGGAUCAUCUUAAUACCUUUAAGACGACUCUGGGUCUUCAGCAACCACCUGACGAGAUAUUGUGUCAUUCCUUCCCUACGACUCUCAAAGGAGCUGCAAGAGAAUGGUUUACUAAGUUGCCAAACUCGUCCAUAGACAACUUCGAUCAGCUGAGUAGUGCCUUCUUGCGUCACUUCAUAGGAGGACAACGCCCAAGGAGGCUAGUGGAUUACUUACUCACCAUAAAACAAGGAGAGAAGGAGACUCUGAGGUCAUAUGUCAAGCGAUUCACCCGGGAAACUCUGGAAGUAGACGAAGCUGAUGACAAGGUACAGCUGACGACCUUCAAAGCAGGGCUGAGAUUCAGAGACCUCGUGGCCUCUCUUGCAAAGAACCCCCCGAAGAUGAUGGCGGAGAUGCUCCUGAAGGCACAAAAGUACAUGAAUGCGGAAGAUGCCCUAGCUGCCAUAAAAGAUACCGAGAAGCCAGGAGACAAGGCCAAGAGGGAAGACGACCGUAGGGGGCAAAAGAGAGACAGACCAGAUCGUCGGAACAAUGACGGGAAUAGGAGGAGGGACGAUAAAAAUCCUCGGACGGUAAAAUUUACUCCCUUGGUUAUGCUUGUUGACAAGAUUUUCACGCAGAUCAAGGACGAGCACUAUCUCAAAUGGCCCAGGCCAUUACACUCAUCCCCCAACGUACGUGACAAGAACAAGUAUUGCCGGUUCCAUAGAGACCACGGCCACAACACAGAAGAUUGCAGAGACCUGAAGGAGCAAAUAGAAGAAUUAAUACGGAAAGGGAAGUUACAGAAGUAUGUAAAGAAAGGAGAAUAUAGCAAGUUCAGAGACGACAACAGGACCCAGCAUGAAUCCUUCACUCGGGAUGACGACCAUCCGUCCCAGCCUCCGCGCAAGGUGAUCGGUGAGAUAAAAACGAUCACAGGAGGGCCAUUCUCAGGAGGAUCAUUUAGAUCACUCAAAAAAGUAUACCAUAGACAAGUGAACAGCGUCCACACCAUGCCUCCGUCCAAGCACCGAUGA